UAUAUGCAACUCUAUCUGCGAUUGCUCUACUUGACUGCCAUCCCUUUCUUCGUCUGGCUUGUCCUCCUUUUUAGGAGCAGAAAUCCUUCUGAGAUUUCCCCGAAGCGCGAUAAAAUGGCAUCACUUUCACCGUUGAAGUUUGUCCAGGUCGCGGCUCGCGCUAAACACUCCGCUACAGUGAUCUUCGUGCACGGUCUUGGAGACACAGGCUAUGGAUGGAAGCCCAUUGCUGAAAUGUUCAGUGCCGAUCCUGCGUUGAGCCAUGUCAAGUGGGUUCUCCCGCAUGCGUGAGUAGCAACCUCUCGUACUUUGUCCUACAAGGAGAAUAACCGCUAACAUGGGCAUGGAGAUGCCCGCCUGGUUUGACAUUGAAUCCUUUGACUUCAAGACUGAAGACGAAAGGGGCAUGCUCCAGACAGUGCACCAACUGAAUCAACUCAUCACUGCUGAAGUGGACGCCGGAACGCCUGCCGAUCGCAUUGUUUUGGGUGGAUUUAGUCAAGGUGGAGCUGUGACUCUACUCACAGGACUCACGACUGAGCGUAAACUUGGGGGCUUGACUGUGUUGAGUGGAUGGGUGCCGCUCAAGAGCAAAAUCAAAUCCAUGGCCUCGGACCACGUCAAGAAACUUCCUAUCUUCUGGGGUCAUGGUAAAGCCGACCCGCUCGUGCGACAUAUCUGGGGUGUGCAAUCGGCGGAAUUCCUGAAGGAUACCUUUGGCAUCAAGACAGCCGAUGAGUCUGAGCCGAAACUUACAGGCAUCACCUUCCGUUCUUAUGACGGCGUACCUCACUCUACUAGCGAGGCGGAGCUUGAGGAUCUCCAGAAGUGGCUGCAAAAGGUCAUUCCGCAAGAAGCCUGACUAGCUGAGCCAUUGCGUGCCCGAGACAUGGAGUCAGUGAGACCUCGAAGUAGAAUGUGACCAGACAAGAGAUGUACAAUAUGAUAUACCUCACUUAGAUUGACACAUGCCUCAGAGGAUGGACCAAACUUGCAGAAGACAGCGUACGACGCGCCAACUAAAACCCAAAGAGAACUUGAUAGAGCAGUAUGCUACACAUGAAAUACAUGGAGACGAUUGCC